UCCGCAGAAUGCGAGCGCGCUCGCAGAGGCAUCUUGCAUCAGCCCGGGGAAGUUCGCUCCUCGCCUGGCUCCCCCAGCCCGGGCGAGGAGCGAGGAGCCCGCCCUCCCACCGCCGCCUCCCCACUCCGGGCCGCCGACAUGCCAGCCCUCCCCAUGUGCCUGCUGGUGCUUCUGGUGCCACUGCUCUGCAUCCUGCAGGCUGCACGAGCCCAGGUCAACCCGGCGGUGUGCCGGUACCCCCUGGGAAUGUCGGGGGGGCACAUCCCCGACGAGGACAUCUCCGCCUCCAGCCAGUGGUCCGAGUCCACGGCCGCCAAGUACGGACGGCUGGACUCGGAGGACGGUGACGGUGCCUGGUGCCCCGAGAUCCCGGUGGAGCCCGACGACCUGAAGGAGUUCCUGCAGAUCGACCUGCGCGCCCUGCACUUCAUCACGCUGGUGGGCACCCAGGGCCGCCACGCCGGGGGCCACGGCAACGAGUUUGCCCCCAUGUACAAGAUCAACUACAGCCGGGACGGCACCCGCUGGAUCUCCUGGAGGAACCGGCACGGGAAGCAGGUCCUGGAUGGCAACACCAACCCCUACGACAUCGUCCUCAAGGACCUGGAGCCGCCGCUCAUCGCGCGCUUCGUCCGCUUCAUCCCCGUCACCGACCACUCCAUGAACGUCUGCCUGCGCGUGGAGCUCUACGGCUGCGUCUGGCUCGACGGGCUGGUGUCCUACAACGCGCCGGCUGGGCAGCAGCUCGUCCUCCCCGGCGGCACCGUCAUCUACCUGAACGACUCCGUGUACGACGGGGCCUUCGGGUACAGCAUGACGGAGGGGCUCGGCCAGCUGACGGACGGCGUGUCGGGGCUGGACGACUUCACGCAGACCCACGAGUACCACGUCUGGCCGGGCUACGACUACGUGGGCUGGCGCAACGAGAGCACGGCCGGCGGCUACGUGGAGAUCACCUUCGAGUUCGACCGCAUCAGGAACUUCACCACCAUGAAGGUGCACUGCAACAACAUGUUCGCCAAAGGGGUGAAGAUCUUCAAGGAGGUGCAGUGCUAUUUCCGCUCCGACGCCGGCGAGUGGGAGCCCAACGCCAUCUCCUCGGUGCUGGUGCUGGACGACGUCAACCCCAGCGCCCGCUUCGUCACCGUGCCCCUGCUGCACCGCAUGGCCAGCGCCAUCAAGUGCCAGUACUACUUCGCCGACACCUGGAUGAUGUUCAGCGAGAUCACCUUCCAGUCGGACGCAGCCAUGUACAACAACUCGGUGGCCCCCCCGGAGAUGCCCAUGGCCCCCACCACGUAUGACCCCACGCUGAAGGUGGACGACAGCAACACGCGCAUCCUGAUCGGCUGCCUGGUGGCCAUCAUCUUCAUCCUGCUGGCCAUCAUCGUCAUCAUCCUCUGGCGGCAGUUCUGGCAGAAGAUGCUGGAGAAGGCGUCUCGGAGGAUGCUGGACGACGAAAUGACCGUCAGCCUCUCGCUGCCCAGCGAAUCCAGCAUGUUCAACCACAACCGCUCCUCCUCGUCCAGCGAGCACGAGUCCAACUCCACCUACGACCGCAUCUUCCCACUGGGGCCGGACUACCAGGAGCCCUCGCGCCUGAUCCGCAAGCUGCCCGAAUUCACGCCGGGGGAGGAGGACACGGCUCUGAAGGACACCGCGGCAGGGCUGGCCCCGCUGUCUCCCCCAGGCUGCAGCGGCCUCGUGAAGCCGUCCCCGGCCGCCGUCCCCGAGGGCGUCCCCCACUACGCCGAGGCCGACAUCGUGAACCUGCAGGGCGUCACGGGAGGCAACACCUACUCGGUGCCCGCCCUCACCAUGGACCUGCUCUCCGGCAAGGACGUGGCCGUGGAGGAGUUCCCCAGGAAGCUGCUGACCUUCAAGGAGAAGCUGGGGGAGGGCCAGUUUGGGGAGGUCCACCUGUGCGAAGUGGAGGGCAUGGAGAAGUUCACGGACAAGGACUUGGCCCUGCAGGGCCUGGAGGCCGGCUCCAACCGCCCCGUGCUGGUGGCUGUGAAGAUGCUGCGGGCGGACGCCAACAAGAACGCCAGGAACGACUUCCUGAAGGAGAUCAAGAUCAUGGCGCGGCUCAAGGACCCCAACAUCAUCCGCCUGCUGGCCGUCUGCAUCGCGGACGACCCGCUCUGCAUGAUCACCGAGUACAUGGAGAACGGCGACCUCAACCAGUUCCUGGCCCGCCACGAGGCGCACAGCCCCCCGGACGCCCAGACGCCCACCGUCAGCUACCGCGACCUGCGCUUCAUGGCCAGCCAGAUCGCCUCGGGCAUGAAGUACCUCUCCUCCCUCAACUUCGUGCACCGCGACCUGGCCACCCGCAACUGCCUGGUGGGGAAGCGCUACACCAUCAAGAUCGCCGACUUCGGCAUGAGCAGGAACCUCUACAGCGGGGACUACUACCGCAUCCAGGGCCGCGCCGUGCUGCCCAUCCGCUGGAUGUCCUGGGAGAGCAUCCUGCUGGGUAAGUUCACCACGGCGAGUGACGUGUGGGCGUUUGGGGUGACGCUGUGGGAGACCUUCACGCUGUGCCGCGAGCAGCCCUACUCGCAGCUGUCCGACGAGCAGGUCAUCGAGAACACCGGGGAGUUCUUCCGCGACCAGGGCCGGCAGACCUACCUCCCGCAGCCCGCGCUGUGCCCGGACUCUGUCUAUAAGCUGAUGCUGAGCUGCUGGCGGCGGGACACUAAGGACCGUCCCUCCUUCCAGGACAUCCACCGCCUGCUCCACGAGCCAGCCGGCGACGAGUGACCCCGUUGUGCCCGGCCCCACGGGACCCCCCCUGGUUUAGGUUCUCGCUGCACAGCCUAGGAGGAAAAACCCCAAAGAGGACGGGGACGGCACGGCCCCGCAGCUCCCCCGCUGCCCCGGGCUGACUGGAGGUUAUUUAUUGAGCCCUGCUCCUGGUGGCAGCGGGACGGGGAUGGAGUGGACACCAGGAGCCGCAUGGUUAUGGGGCGGCGAACUGGAGCUUUUGGGGGAUUUUUGGGACGUGCUUGUUCCCGCAUGGCAUCCAGCCUCUGCUGCCGGCCCGCAGACGGACUGAUGGACAGACGGACAGAAUUAUGGACAGUAGGGCCCCCUGUGGCCCUGACCGCGGCUUAUGGGGUCGCCUGAGCCCCCCGUGCCCUAUGGGGACCCCUGUCGGGCCCCCCGGCCGCACACCCCACGCGGACCUUCGUGCUUCGCCGGCCCCGUCCGCGUCGCUGCGGCCCCGCGGGGCCCCGCUCGCUGUGUUCUGGGGGGGCCCCUCCCGGCGGGGGCCACCCCACUAAGAGCCCCUCGCUCCAUCA